CUCUGCUGGGCAUCCCGUACCUUGUAAUAAAAGCCUUGGUGUUCACCUGCUUUUCUUCCUGAGCGAUGGUGGCCAGCCUCGAGCUUUGCACAGGUUGCCCCUUUCUACCCCCCACCUCCAGGAGCCAAGGCAACGGACUGGGUACCACCAUCCACACUAGUUCCACAGUAGUGAUCUUCCCCUCGCCAGGGCCCUCCCAUGAGGAACCGGUCAUUCAGAGCGAUUGAGUCACAAAGCCUGAGAGGGUUUAGGGAGCGCGGGGCGGGGACGUCCCCACCCCAAGGCUGAGUGACGCCCGCAGUCACUUCACAAGGCAGAAAUUGUUACACGGGCAAUAAAAGUCAUCGCGGCUCUAGGACCUUGGGAGUGGGCACAUGGGGGCACGGGGGUGCAGGUGCCAAGCACCAUGGGUUAGGCCCGAGAUCGGAGUCCGGCCGCCCCCCGACAGCAGCCGCCUCCUGCUCCCCGCGCGCCCCGGGCGCCACCAUGUCGGGCGACAAGCUCCUGAGCGAACUUGGCUAUAAGCUGGGCCGCACGAUAGGUGAGGGCAGCUACUCCAAGGUGAAGGUAGCCACCUCCAAGAAAUAUAAAGGGACGGUGGCCAUCAAGGUGGUGGACCGUCGGCGAGCGCCUCCGGACUUCGUCAACAAGUUCCUGCCUCGAGAGCUGUCCAUCUUGCGGGGAGUACGGCACCCGCACAUCGUGCACGUCUUCGAGUUCAUCGAGGUGUGCAACGGGAAGCUGUACAUCGUGAUGGAAGCAGCAGCCACCGACUUGCUGCAGGCAGUGCAGCGAAACGGGCGCAUCCCGGGGUCACAGGCGCGCGAACUCUUCUCUCAGAUCGCGGGUGCCGUGCGCUACCUGCACGACCACCACCUGGUGCACCGCGACCUCAAGUGCGAAAACGUGCUGCUGAGCCCUGACGAGCGCCGCGUCAAGCUCACAGAUUUCGGUUUCGGCCGCCAGGCGCACGGCUAUCCAGACCUGAGCACCACCUACUGCGGCUCGGCCGCCUACGCGUCACCUGAGGUGCUCCUGGGCAUCCCCUACGACCCCAAGAAAUACGACGUAUGGAGCCUGGGCGUUGUGCUCUACGUCAUGGUCACCGGGUGCAUGCCCUUCGAUGACUCGGACAUUGCUGGCCUGCCCCGGCGCCAGAAGCGCGGCGUGCUCUACCCCGACGGCCUCGAACUGUCGGAACGAUGCAAAUCCUUGAUCGCCGAGCUGCUACAGUUCAGCCCAUCCGCCCGGCCCUCGGCGGGUCAGGUGGCGCGCAAUGGCUGGCUGCGGGCCGGGGACUCCGGCUAGGAGCCGGGGUUCUCGCUGUUCCCGCCGCACCAGGCCCUGAGCCAGGGCGGCGCACGCGCGACCGGCGAGCUUCGGGAAACCCGCGAAGUCGCCGCGCGCCACUGCGCGCGCGCCCUGUCCCUUCCCCUCCCACCACGGCGGCGGCCCACAGAGGCCGGCUGUUGGAUUCUGGUUCCUCCUGCACAACCCGAUUGCUGGAGGGCUCAUGCGCACCCUCGAUUUCUGGCGAGGA